AUGUCGAGUAAUCAUAUUCUCCAGAUCUAUAAUAAGACAAGUGAACUCCUUUACCAACUUCAGUCUCUGGAAACCGAACUCUUGGCCUCAUUGCCAACACUUGGUGAAGACCCGAUGAUUAUUACGCCUGCGAGACGGAAGCUAAAACAUUCCUAUUUUAUAUGGCAAGAUUACAAUUACCCAGCUUCUGGAAAAUAA